AUGACGCCGGAGCCAAAGAGGAGCGGACCGGACGUGCGGCCCGCGGCGGCCCACCCGUCGGUGGACCAGAACCGACCGCGCCGCUACCUCGCAGGCCACGCAGCCGCCGUGCAGGGGGCCGCGCGCCCCGCACCCUCCGCCCCGGGGCCGCGCGCCCUCACCCGGCCGCCGCGCACCCUCCGCCAGGGGCCCGCCUCGAGCAUGGCCGGCGGCGGCUCCCUUGGCCGCGCAGCUCUGCCAGAGAGGGAGGUGAAAAGAGCGGAUCCGGAUCCAUGGCAAGGGCGCGAGGAUGAGCUUGGGAGGAGAGGAGCGGGAGGGCCGGCACUGGAUCCGGAGGCCUCCAAGGCGAGUGCGGCCGGCGGCGGCGUCGGCUCCGGCGACCGCAGCGCAUGGAGGCGUUGCCCCGGCCACCCCUGCUCCGGCCCGCCAUGGCCCACGAGGAGCACGCGAGGCGACGGGGAUCUCGGCCACCACGGAGAGGGAGGGCGCGGGGAGCUCCGCCGCUGGGGAGGAGCAGGGGACUGA